GUCAGAGCGAGUGUAGAAGUUUCCGUGUUCAUAUAUUGGGUUUCAUAUACUGGUACUGUAUUUAGUAGUCCAGAGCAUAUUUUUUAUAUUUAGACUUCUAAUAUUAUAAAGCAUUAUUGGUCUCGACAACUGGGUUCAUUUUCAAUAUGGACAACGAAGAAGAUAGUCUAAAGUAUCUGUCUGUUGAUCGGCGUGCAAUAGCUGACCCCGUUGCUCACGCUGCUUGGGCUGCACAGAAGUUAGUUUGGGUGCCUAGUGAAGAACAUGGUUUUGUUUCUGCUAGUAUCAAAGAGGAGAAAGGGGAUAAAGUUAUUGCCGAAAUUGAAGGAGGGAAAAGAGUGACAUUUCAUAAAGAUGAUAUUCAAAGGAUGAAUCCACCCAAAUUUGACAAGGUGGAAGACAUGGCUGAUCUGACUUGUUUAAAUGAAGCUAGUGUGUUGCAUAAUAUUAAAGAUCGAUAUUUUUCAGAUCUCAUUUAUACUUACUCUGGUUUGUUUUGUGUUGUUGUAAACCCAUACAAGAAGAUACCAAUAUACAGUGAUAAUGUUGUUAACUUAUAUCGAGGAAAAAAACGACAUGAGCUUCCACCACAUGUCUAUGCAAUUACUGAUAAUGCAUAUCGCAGCAUGUUACAAGAUCGUGAUAAUCAGUCUAUCCUCUGCACGGGUGAAUCUGGUGCAGGAAAAACUGAAAACACAAAAAAGGUUAUACAGUACUUGACUGCUAUAGCUGGUCGUCAUAAACAAGAUGAUAAAUCAGCACAGGGUCAACUUGAGGUACAGUUACUCCAAGCCAAUCCUAUUCUUGAAGCAUUUGGAAAUGCAAAAACUGUGAAAAAUGAUAAUUCAUCACGUUUUGGUAAAUUCAUCAGAAUUAUGUUUGAUAAUUCUGGUUUUAUCUCUGGAGCAAACAUUGAGUCCUAUUUGUUGGAGAAAGGUCGAUUAGUUCGCCAAGCACCAGAAGAAAGACUUUUCCACAUUUUUUACCAGUUGCUUUUGGGUGCAAGUCCUGAAGUUAAAAAACAAUUUCUACUUCUUGAUCCAAAAAGUUAUAUUUUUAUGUCAAAUGGACUUGUUCAGCUUCCUAACAUGGAUGACCGUGCAGAAUUUAAAUUAACUUUGGAGGCUAUGAGGGAUAUGGGUAUUACCCAAGAAGAACUUAAUCCUAUUUUCAAAGUUUUAUCAGCUUGUCUAUUAUUUGGUAACUUGGAUUUCAAAAUGGAAAGAAAAUCAGAUCAAGCUGCGUUGCCCGAUAAUACUAUUUCACAGCAAAUUUCUCAUCUUCUUGGAAUUGCUGUUACUGACUUUACAAAUGCUUUAUUAAAACCAAGAGUUAAAGUUGGACGAGAGUUUACACAAAAAGCUCAAACUAAAGCUCAGUGCGAAUUUGCUGUUGAAGCUCUUACAAAAGCUAUGUAUGAGCGUCUUUUCAAAUGGUUAGUCACUCGCAUUAACAAGAGUUUAAAUCGAUCAAAACGUGAAGGUGCCUCUUUCGUUGGAAUCUUGGAUAUUGCUGGUUUUGAAAUUUUCAAAAUAAAUUCAUUUGAACAGUUAUGUAUAAAUUAUACUAAUGAAAAACUGCAACAACUGUUCAACCACACUAUGUUUAUUCUUGAACAAGAAGAAUACCAGAAAGAAGGAAUUGACUGGAAAUUUAUUGACUUUGGACUUGACUUACAACCAACUAUUGACUUGAUUGAGAAACCUAUGGGCAUUAUGGCCUUACUUGAUGAGGAAUGUUGGUUCCCAAAAGCAACAGAUAAAAGUUUAGUAGAGAAAAUAAAUAAAGCUCAUGCUAAGCAUCCAAAGUACAUGAAACCUGACUUUAGAGCUAACUCAGAUUUCUGUAUCAUUCAUUAUGCUGGUCGUGUUGAUUAUUCUGCAGCCCAAUGGCUUACAAAGAAUAUGGAUCCACUAAAUGACAAUGUUGUUGCUUUAUUGGCGGCUUCAAGCGAACCAUUUGUAGAUGCAUUGUGGAAAGAUAUUGAAAAUGUUGUUAGCAUGAGUGUUACAGAAGGUAUGGAUACUGCAUUUGGUGCAGCAAAAACAAAAAAAGGAAUGUUUAGAACUCUGUCGCAACUUUAUAAGGAACAAUUACAAGGUCUCAUGAAUACAUUAAAUUGUACAAAGCCAAACUUUGUUCGUUGCAUCAUUCCAAACUAUGAAAAACGAAGUGGAAAGAUCACCAACUUUUUGGUUCUUGACCAACUGAGAUGUAAUGGUGUUUUAGAAGGUAUUCGUAUUUGCAGGCAAGGUUUCCCUAACAGAAUUCUUUUCCAAGAAUUUAGACAGCGAUAUGAAAUUCUUUGCCCUGGUGUUGUUCCUAAAGGCUUUAUGGAUGGACGCAAUGCAUCCAAGAAAAUGAUUGAGGCUUUGGAAAUGGAUCCAAAUUUGUUCAGAAUCGGUCAAUCAAAAAUAUUUUUCCGUGCUGGUGUGUUAGCCCAUCUUGAAGAAGAACGUGAUAUUAAACUUACUGAAAUAGUAAUUCAAUUCCAAGCUUUUUGCAGAGGUAAUAUUGCUCGUAAAAAUUAUAAGAGGCGCAUUCAGCAGUUAUCAGCUAUUAGAGUUAUUCAACGAAAUGGUCGCAGCUGGAUGAAAUUAAGAAAUUGGCAAUGGUGGCGCUUGUUCACAAAAGUAAAACCUUUGUUGAAUGUUACAAGACACGAUGAAGAGCUUCGCGCCAAAGAAGAGGAGUAUAAAAAAGUUCUUGAUAAAUACGAAAAAGUUGAAAGUGCACACAAUGACCUCAAAAAGAGUCAUGACAAGCUUACUGAUGAAAAUAAACUGUUAGCUGAGCAACUUCAAGCUGAAAUAGAGCUGUGUCAAGAAGCAGAAGAGAAUGUUAGUCGUCUCCAGCAACGAAAGAUUGAAUUAGAGGAAUUAUUGAAUGAUUUUGAAAUCAAGUUAGCUGAGGAGGAAGAGAGAUCAGCCAAGACUGCUGAGGAAAAAAAAAAGUUACAACAAGGAAUUCAAGAAUUAGAAGAAAGUCUUGAGGAGGAAGAAGCUCAAAGACAAAAGUUGCAACUCGAAAAGGUUCAAGUCGAAGCUAAACUAAAAGCAUUAGAAGACGAUUUAAGACUAGUCGAAGACUCCAAUGCUAAACUAUCACAAGACAAAAAACAACUUGAAGAGAGAAUGGAUGAACUAAGCACAAAGUUGUCGGCAGAAGAAGAUAAAUCAAAAGGUUUAAUAAAGUUAAAAGUUAAACAAGAAACAUUAAUAUCAGAAUUAGAAGAACGUGUUGCAAAAAGUGAAAAAACUGCUGUUGAUUACCAAAAAGAAAUUAGAAAACUUCAGCAAGAAAUUAGUGAUUUGCGAAAUCAAUUGGCAGAAGCACAACAACGUAUUGCUGAGUUAGAAGAUGAUCUUGCUCGUCGUGAUAAUGAACUGGCUGCAGCUAUCAAGAGAGGAGAUGAGGAAAUGUCAAAAAGAGUUAAUGUCGAAAAAGCAAAACGUGAUGUUGAAGCUCAUCUAGAAGAAGUUAAAGAUGAUUAUGAACAAGAAAAAGCAGCUCGUGAAAAAGUUGAAAAAGCUAAAAGAGAACUAGAGAAGGAUCUUAAUGAAUUGCGUGAAGAAUUAGAAGUCAACACAGAUGCAACUACAGUGCAGAAAGAGCUUCAGCGUAAACGUGAAGAAGAUUUUAAUGAAUUAAAAAAACAAGUUGAAAUAGAGGCUAGAGAGCAUGAAAAACAAAUGGACUCACUGCGAGGAAAACACAAUCAACUUGUGAAUGAACUUCAGGAUCAGUUGGAUCAAUUUAAAAAGGGAAAAAAUGCACUGGAAAAAAAUAAAACGGCAUUAGAGAAUGAGAAUGCUGAAAUUGCUGCUGAUUUGCAGCGUGUUUCUUUGUUGAAGCAGGAGAGCGAUAGAAAAGCCAAAAAUUUUGAAGCUCAGUUAAGUGAAGCAAAUGCAAUUCGCAUGGGACAAGAGGAAAUGAUUUCAAAACUUGAUGGACAAUGUGCUAAGUUAACUAAAGAAUGUGAUUCAUUAAAUCAACAAAUUGAUGAAGUGGAAUCAAAAGCAGCCAAUCUCGAACGAGCUAAACAAGCUGCAGAGACUUCUCUGUCAGACCUUCAAGAUGCUUUACAUGAAGAAACACGCCAGAAACUUGCUCUUCAAACAAAAGUUCGCGAGGCUGAAGAUGAAGCCAAUCGUCUUCAAGAACAACUUGAAGAAGAAGAAGAUGAGAAAAAAGCUGUUCAAAAAACUCUCACACAAGUUCAAUUGCAGCUUGAUAGUUGCAAAAAAGAAAUCGAAUUAAAAGUUACACUUCUUGAAGAAGCUGAGUCAGCUCGUCAAAAACAAAAACGAGAAAAUGAAGAACUUCGCUCUGACAAUGAGAGGUUUCAGUCUGAAAUUUCCAAACUUGACAAAGCUCGUAAGAAGUUACAAGGAGAUUUGGAUGAUGUUACUGUGCUCAUGGAAAGAGAAAGAAAUAAUGCAUCCCAAAUGGCUGCAAAACAAAAGAAAUUCGAUCAACUUUUAUCUGAAGAAAAAUCUAGAUCCCAGGCUCUUGCAAGUGAGCGAGAUAAUGUAGAAAAAGUUGCUCGUGCAAAUGAAACAAAAAUUCUUUCAUUACAAAGUGCAAAUGAAGAAUUAGAGGACAAAUUAGCAGAGUCUGAGCGUGUACGUAAAAGUCUUAUGGCAGAACUCCAAGAGCUUAUUGAUUCUAAAGACGGUGCCGGUAAGAAUAUACAUGAACUUGAUAAAGCUAAACGACUUCUUGAACAGCAACUUGCCGAGCAGAAAACUCAAGUUGAAGAACUUGAAGAUGAGCUGCAGGCCACUGAAGAUGCCAAGCUAAGAUUAGAAGUAAAUAUGCAAGCACAAAAAGCUCAGUUUGAAAGAGAACUUGCAGCAAAAGAAGAUUCUAUUGAAGAAGGAAGAAAAGGACUUAUCAAACAGUUACGUGAAAUGGAACUCGAACUUGAAGAGGAACGCAAAGUAAGCAAAGCUGCUGGUGCAUCUAAACGAAAGUUAGAGAGUGAUGUAAAGGAACUUACUGCUCAGUUAGAUCAAGCUAACAGACUUAAAGAAGAUAGUCAAAAGCAGCUCAAGAAAUAUCAAGUCCAUCUUAAAGAUGUUCAACGUGAUUUAGAUGAAGCAAAGGCUGCACGUGAAGAGUUGUCUGCUCAGGUCAAAGAUAAUGAAAAGAAAUUAAAGGGAUUAGAGUCAGAUUUCGUACAAAUGCAAGAAGAUCUCAGCACAGCUGAGCGUGCUCGUCGUACUAUUGAAGCAGAACGCGAUGAACUUCUUGAAGAGUUAAAUAACAACACUUCUGCAAAGACAGCUGUUGCUGAAGAACGCAAACGAUGGGAGGCUCAAAUUGCUGCCCUUGAAGAAGAAUUAGAAGAAGAACGAACUCAGACCGAGCUUAUGCAAGAUAAGGUUUCACGAGGUAAUCUACAAAUAGACCAAAUGUCUGCUGAAUUAGCUGAAGAAAGAGCCGCUUUGCAAUCCCUUGACAACUCUCGUAUGACAUUAGAACGCGCCAACAAAGAAUUGCAAAAUAAACUUGCUGAUUUAGAAUCAAGUUUACGCUCACGUACCAAGAACACAGUAGCAACUCUUGAAGCCAAAAUUAGCAAUCUGGAAGCCCAACUUGAUCAAGAAGCCAAAGAAAAACAGAAUAUUACAAAAUUACUUAGAAGAACUGAAAAGCGAGCUAAAGAACUUCAAGUGCUUGUUGAUGAGGAGCGUGGUCACACUGAAUCGUACAAACAACAAGUUGAGAAAGCUAAUAACAGGGUAAAAAGCAUAAAACGACAAUUGGAUGAAUCCGAGGAAGAAGUUAGUAGACUAAACGGAACCAAGAGAAAGAUGCAAAGAGAUCUUGAUGAAAAUACCGAAGCGCUUGAAUCAGCACAAAGAGAACUUACACAGUUAAAAUCAAGGAUGAAGACUGCCACUACGCCUAGCACCCGUUCUACAGGACGUCGCCGUAAAGAUGACGAUGAACAAAAUGAUGAGGACGGCACCGAUUGAAAACGUCUUGAAAUUUUCGAACUGGGUGGCUUUUGUCAACCAAUAUUUUUUUUAUAAAUAUUUCAAAAAUCAUUUGUAAUUAUAACGUUUGAAGAGAUAUUUCUCAACGAUUUUUCAUAACAAAAAAUUUGGGUAUGAAUUUAUUUCUAAAUGAGCUCUCAACAAACUUUGUUUUAAUUAAAAAAAAGUAUUUCUAUUUAGCUUUAGCUGUUUAGUUUUUAUAGAUUAUUGACAGAUUUGCUAUUAGAUUUUUAAUUUCAUGGUUUACCGUAUUAAAAAACUAUAAAUAUAAAAUUGUAUAUUUCGUAUAAAUGUAACUUUUGAAAAAUUUAUAGGCGUUAUUUCAUAACUUUUUACUCGGUUAACUUGCUAUAUUCUUUAUUCAAAUUAAAAUUUGUAAAAUAAAAAUAAAGAAAGAAUGA